CCUUGUUCCUGUACGCGCAGUCCACUCUUCUGGUCAUCCAAGUCAUCCAAGACAUGGAGACGCCGUCCAUCUACAGCCCCUGCCCCCUGCUCAGCCUGUGCAUAGACUCUCCGGCAAUUCCCGGCACUUGCCCACCCUCAGCAUCAUGACAACGCGUCGUGGCUAGUGCGAGGUGCAGUCCAGCAACGUCUAAAAUUUGCCUCUUUCCGAGUUUUGCGCUACCAUUCUCCGGCAAACACUCUAUCCCGACCUCGGACGAUGCACAAGUGCCUUCGUGUCGACGAACUGCUACGGGAGAUAUGUCAGACUGUCCUGCACUCGCACCCUGACAACCAGCAGACUCUCAACACAGGAGACCUAGCUCGGUUGGCGCGUGUGUGCCGUCAGUUCCAGGAUCCCGCGUUAGACACUCUCUGGUGGGCGCAAGACACGAUCGGUCCUCUCUUUCUCUGCGCGCCUGAGGACAUGCGCCACGUCGACUGCAAGAACAUUGUUAAGCUAUCCAGGACGUCAAGACCAUCUGACUGGGAGCGCGUCAAGGUGUAUGGACGACGCAUACGUUGCAUCGGCAACCCACAAUUCCCCGUUGGCUCGUUCCCGUUUCGUCAGGCCAGACCAAUGCUACCAGACGCCGCCAUUCUCGACGCUAUGCUUGUCCACUGCGCCAUAGAGGACGUUUUCCCAAAUCUCCUCGCGUUCGACUUCAUGUCUGCUGUGGGCUACCGCUGUGUGAACAGCAACUUUCAUAGCCUCAAGCAUUUCCUCACGCCCAUGCUUCGCCAACUUUCCUUCUCCAUCGUCAGAGUCUCACUCGAAUUCGUGCAGUACAUCAUCGACAGCCUCCAAACGCGCUGCCCGGACCUCGAGCUCCUGUCCAUCUCGCCUGGCUACCGCUCCCCACCCGCCUCCCUACGGAUACCCGACGGCACUCUACGCACCCUCCGCUCUCUCUCCCUCCCUCUCCAAGACGUUCACCUGUCGCCCGAGACGCUCGCCAAGCUCGCCGCGUCGCCGCGCAUUCGCAAGCUCUCUUGUACUCUCGAGGACACGUUUGACGCGCAAGCGUUCGCGCGGACGCGUGGCACUGGUGCAUCGUGCAUGCAUUCCACGCCCCAGGCACGCUUCUCGGGCCUCGAGCACCUGAGCAUCCGCGCCUCACGCCCAGACCAGUGGACCGACUUCCUUCGUGCACUGCACAUGCCGAACCUCGAGGGGCUCCAGGUCCAGUUCACUGCAGCUCACACUCCUUCCGCCAUCGAUUUGGCGUCCAUCCGUGCUGCAUGCCCCAACCCGGCCUCAUUGCGAGCGCUCAGCAUAGUACGCGUCAUCUCUGUCAUGGACGACGGUCUGCCUACAGUCUCGCCGGCCGCUUUCGCACCUCUCUUUGCGUUCCACAACCUCAAGAACGUGCAUAUAGCCAAUGUCGGCAACCUCGACAUGACAGACGCGUUCGUUGCGGAUGUAGCGGCAGCCUGGCCGUUACUGGAGGAGCUCGCGUUCGUCUUGUCCGUCCCCGGCGCCCCCCGGCUGACUCUCCGUGCCCUCGUCCCGCUCGCACGGCACUGCCGGAACCUCAAGCGUCUGUACAUGCCCUUCGACGGGACUGUCGUCACCCACGAGGACCGGUUGCUGUCCGCUGGCCAUCACAACGACGACGCUAUUCCCAAUUUGGAAGUUCACCUGGAUGAUGACGACUCGGAGGCCGAGGACGCGGACGCGGGUCCGCAGUACGUCCUGCGCGAGCUCAACGUCGGCUCGACGCCCAUCAGCAGCCCCGUGGACGUCGCGAUGUUCAUCUUUGGGUUGUUCCCGUGGGCGUCCAUCCGCGUUAUUCCUCAGACGGAGCAGAUGGACAAGUCGUGGAAGCGCGCGAUCACGCAUUUCAAGGUUAUGCAGGGCAAAGAUGCGCCGGAUACGCCUUUGUACUAAUGAAUGGACGCAGGGACUUCUAAACUUUCCUGCCUGCCUCACGGACACUUACUAGCAGUCGAAGACUGUUUCCGUUUUUUGUCGUCGUUUCACCCGCUUUUCGUUUUGUCUGUAACUACUACCUUAGAUCGCAUUGCUAGAGAUUUCGUUUUCAUUUCCCUCAACAUCAUUCUAUCGUAUCCUAUCACAUUCCUGUCUUUUGUCUCGUCCAUCCUUCAGGGACUACUUUCUUUGAUCAUACAUAACCGCAUAUAAGCAUGUACUUAGGUUCACGACGCCCCCC